GCAACACCACUUCGUCGUAUAUGACGAUUUCAAUCUUGCGUCAGUAAGUGGUUUCAUCAAAUGAGUCUUUCUUGAACCUCGAUUUUAAUGUCACAAAAAUCAAUUCUAUCGUGAAACGAAAGUUGAAGGGAAAGGUAAUACAAUUACGCAGACUGUUUGAAACACAGAGUCAUGACACGGAAGUAUACCUUCAUUUUAACAGCUUUCCUCAUUGUAAGUACCAUAGGGCUAUUGGCUUUUGUCACCACACGCCAUUUUCAUCAGAAUCUUGGUUCAGUUCAAGGACGGAAACGCGCUGUGUACUUGUUCUCAAACGUCCACAAUGAGACGAAAAGUAUAAGUGUGUGCCAAACUCAUGAGUGUCACGCAGUCGCUGAUUACAUAAAGAGUUCCAUCGACUCAAAGGUUGAUCCAUGUGAUGACUUUUAUACAUUUUCUUGUGGUGGAUGGAUCCGAAGAAAUCCAAUUCCCAAAAGUUAUAAUGAUUACUCCACAUUUACCAAGCUAUCUAAAGUUAUAGAGGGUGAAAUUCGUGGCCUUCUCCAAACGUCAAAAAUGUUGCAUGACAGUCCCCAUAACGAGGCUCUGAUGAAAACGAGAGAAUUAUAUCACUCAUGCAUGGACGUAAAUCAAAUUGAAAAGCUCGGUCCAAUACCAAUGCUUGACUUCAUUCGAGAGAUAGGCUCGUGGAGCAUCUGUCAUGAUGGAAGUUGGAAAAAGUCGUCGUGGGAUAUUUACAGAGUAUUACAGUAUAUACAGAGUACGUAUUAUCCUGCAUCGGCUUUCUUUUCGGUAGAGGUGACAAAUGACCAUCUUAAUUCCACCAAGCAUUUGAUAAAGAUUGAUCAGUCAGGUCUGAGUCUUCAACGGGAGAUUUACUUUAAACAUCCUGAGAUGGUAGACAUUUAUGUAGAAUACAUGACGACAGUUGCCACCCUCCUUGGAACAAAAUGUAACACAACCGAAAAAAUGCGUCAAAUCAUGGAUUUUGAAACAAAACUGGCAAAGUUCACGACGUCAGCUGAAGACAAAGCUGAAGGAAUUUACAGAAGAAUGAACCUCCGCAGCCUCAUUCAAAUUGUUCCACAGUUUCCGUGGCUAGAUCACAUGCAGGCCAUAUUUAAAGGAGCAAACGUGACUGAGGCAGAUGUUGUGUUGACCACUUCAACAUCAUAUCUCCGGAAAAUGGCAACACUUUUGAAGAACACCUCUAAAGAGUUACUGUCUAACUACGUGGUGUGGCAAAUGAUCCGAGAUAAAGUAAGUUUACUGUCAGAGCCUUUUAGAAAAGCCCGAGCCAAGUUUAAUGAGCGAAUAUCUGGAGUGAAGGACACAGAUCCAAGAUGGCGCACAUGUACGGGAAUCACCAACGACAACAUGGGCGUUCCGAUCGGUUCCCUGUACGUACAGAAUUUCUUUGAUCAGUCUGCAAUUGCAAAGACCCAUUCAAUGGUCGAUGAGAUUAAGGAAACUUUUAAGAAAAGAGUGAAACAACAUGAUUGGAUUGAUGAUAACACAACAAAACAUGUCUUUGAAAAGGCCGAUGUUUUGGGAAGUAAGAUUGGUUUUGCAAAAUACGUGGUUAAUCCAAAGGAACUCGUAUCACGCUUCUCAAGUCUCUCAAUAAACUCAAACGCCUUUUUUAAGAAUAACAUUGAAGUGGAUAAAUGGGUUAGAAACCGACUCUUUGCCAAACUUCGAAAGGCAGUAGACAAAGAGAAGUGGCCAAUGUUUCCACAGACAAUAAAUGCCAUGUAUCAGUUUUAUGAAAAUGAGAUAGUUAUUCCAGCCGGUAUACUUCAGUCUCCUUUCUUCUACUCUUCUAAAAUUCCUAGGUCUUUAAGUUAUGGUGCUUUAGGAUCAAUCAUAGGACAUGAGCUCACCCAUGGAUUUGAUAACACUGGUCGAAAAUUUGAUAAAAAUGGAGAUAUCGUUAAGGAAUGGUGGAGCAAGCAAUCGCUCAUUGAAUUUAACAAGAGAUCUCAAUGCAUCGAAGAGCAGUACUCGAAAUUUAAGGUUCAAGGGAAAUAUCCGAUCAGUGGGAAGGUGACACUUGGAGAGAACAUUGCGGACAAUGGUGGCACUAAACUUUCAUAUUUUGCAUACCACAACUGGCUGAUAAAGCAUAGGGGUGAAGAGAAAUAUGCACUUCCAAGCCUACACUACACUAAUGAUCAACUAUUUUUCAUCGGCUAUGCUCAGGAGUAUUGCAGUAAUGCUCGGCCUAAAACAGAGUACAUUUCUACGCUGAGUGAGAUUCACGCACCACCCAAGUUUAGGGUUAUUGGAACUCUCUCUAAUUUCAGGGAAUUCUCUGAAGCGUUUAAUUGUCCUAUUAAUAGCACUAUGAACCCUAAGAGGAAGUGCGAGGUUUGGUAAUACAGACCUUACAAAAUGGCUCGUUCAGUUGAAAAGAUAGUUAUACUGAGCCAUCAAUCACGGUUGGCGUCUAGGUAUGUCCCAUUUUAGGAGAACCGUGGUUAUUCAGUGGAGGCAAAGAUCUUGUAAGAGUAAAAGACCACAGUCAAUUCUCCCUUAAAAAGCACUAUAUUUGAACCAUCAUUUCGCUAAAGCGACUAAUUCUCAAGCGAUCGCUGUCACUUUCGAGACCAGAAAUCUGACAAAUUAUUUUGUUCAGUUUUGCGAUAAGGGACCAGUGACUUAUCUACAAAAUCCUCAUGUUACUAAAGUGUCACAGCGAUUUGUAAAGAAAGGGAAAAUACAAAGAAAACAUUACCUGAUUUGGAUGGCCUUUUUCUUACGGGGACUUUUUGUAUUUGAUUCAAUUUAUUGAUGAGACAGGAAAUAAUAAUGAUUAUUAAGGAUCCAAUCAGCUUUUGGCCUUUUGUGUCACCUCUUACCUGUACCGAGGGUGGUCACCUAAGGGAGAGUUGGCUGUCACAUUAAACCAUCAAAAAGAAAAUGUCAUCAUAUUAUUUAGACGUGAAAAAAACAAAAACAAAAAAACAAAAAAAGCAAGGCAGGCCACAGAAAUUAAUUAUUCAGAACAUCUAUAUUGCUUUAUUCUUGAAAAUAAAACAAGCUUCCCCCACUUUUUGCCAGUGUAAUAGCCCCAUGCAUCGGAAAAACAGAAGCUAACCAGGCCAUUCAAUUCCUCGCAUGCGACAUCUUCCCCGCUCAGGUCUUUCAAAUUUAUCUGCAAAAAAUUACAAAUGAGAAGACAACAGCAAUGAAACUAGAGCAGGAAUAUACCAUUCAGCCUUUUCCCACAAAAACAACAUAACAAGCAAUUUAGCCAUUCAUAGAAGUCAAAUGGUACGAUCAUAAUGAUUAAUCUUCGGUUUAAAACUAAUGAUUUUUUAAGGAAAUACUUUGUAUAAGACCAAAAAAAUCCAAGGUUUUCCUAAUUUCAAGUAGAACUUCAGAUUAAAUUGUUGAACUUCGUCCACCGACAUUGUUUUAUCAUAAUAAGAAGGUCUUAAACACAUCACGGUGUUCUUAGUUUGGAGGUUCAUCAAAGAAAUCAUGUAGAGAGAUAGCUUAGAAAAUAAUAUUACAGUGAAGAGAAAGAGCAGUCUCUUUUCCAGAUUUGUCUCUAUUUUGGGUGAAUAGGAAAGAAAAAUAAAAGGCCAGACGUUUUCUCGCCUCGCUUUUGCGCUCACCUCUUCUGAAGGCAACGACUCUUAUUUUAGCCGAAUUUUUAAAGCCGGUAAUACAACAUAACAUAACAUUUAUUCAGGAAGCUAGAACGCAAAUGUAAAAAAUACAUCCUGAAAAGGGA